UCACAUACUAUAUGUGUAACAUUUAUACAUACAAAAACCUGCUAUACGUGGACCAAGCAGGCUAGGCACUACUGUGCCAAGCUUGGGUAAUGGAUCCCGUUCGUCCAUGGUAUGCAUCAUAUAAUCGUCUUGCAGCAAGUAGUGCAGCCAGUACAUUUCAACCAACGACUUCAAGCACAAGCAGUGAUUUUGUGUCUCAUCAUUUAGCAACAACUGCUACUCAAGCAGUUCCUUCAACAACGUCACAAUUACUUUUACAAGCAGCUCAUACAACAGCAACUCUGGCGGGUCAGCCAUCUCCAUUUAACCCAGGGGGGUUUUUGUCACCACCCCCUGUGGGAUAUGAUGUUUUCUCACCUUUGUUUCAUCAUCCUAAUCCUAAACAAGCACAUUACGUUACUCAACAUAGACAAGCUCUUGCUCAAGCACAAGUAGUGUCAGUAACAAAACAAAAUACUGCAACGGAAUCUGAUAUUCCUGUAUUAAGAGAGAAUUAUAGUUCUGCGCACCAACCAACAUUUUUUGAACAUCAGGGUGCAGCUACAUCACCUACAACAUCUACAUUGGCCUGGACUCAUCAGAAUAAUACACAACUUCCUAGCCCAUUUGGUAUUUUGCCUCAUGAAAGUGUUGUUUCAUCAUCUCCUGGACCAUCAUCUACUACAAAACCAACUAGUGGUGUUUACGAAAAUACGUUUAAUUCUCAUUUUGCUACAACACAAGCUAUAAAUAAUUUAAAUUCUCAAUUGUCUACACCUUCUGUUUCUGCUGCUGAUUUUAAAUCUUCCAGUUUUCCAGAUAAUAAAAAGGCAGUAAAUGUAAGGCCUCAAUCACCAAUAGUAAACGUUAAAUCAGUAGUUUCUACAUCACAAACAAACAACAAUCAAACUUUUUUUCAACAAGUACCUACUACAUUUCAUUCCGAAACAUUAACAAACAAUUAUUCUGCUGGUAAUGGAAGUCAAACACCAAAUGGGAAGGUGCAGCCUCCUCUUCAGCAUCAACAAUCAUGCAUUGUUUCAACUACAAAUAAUACAGCCACUAAAGAGUACAGAAUUCCUCAACCACCUGCUAGAUCUGUUGCAUCAACAACUAUAUUUUUAAAUACAUCUGUAAGAUCUGUGUCUUCACAAGUUCAAGAUAAACAAUCAACUCGAAAUUUCGCUUCACCUCCUAAUAAAGCAACAUCUACAUCUCAACAAAAUAUUCAAACUAAAGCACAGACAAAAAUAUAUCCAGAAUUAAAUACUCACAGUGAACAUAGACGAAACGAACAGACGUCCCAUGAUAACACCCAAUCAUCUCCUAUCAGCUUUUCUAUUAUGGAUUCACGUGGCUUAAACUAUACUGUUGGAAAUAAUACAAGUUGUACAAAUGCAAGUGGAAAACUUAACAACAAUCAAAGAACUCAAUCAAACAGCAACCUACAGACUCACUCUCAACAACCACAGCAGCAGCAACCACAACAACAAUUUCAUGUUUUAAAUCAGCAACAGCAACAGCAAACAUCAUAUAGACAUUAUCUAACAGGCUCUACAGCUGAUUCUGAAUACCACCAUUCAGGAAGAUCCAAAUCUGCAACUUCUACUGAUUCUGCUUAUUCUUCUAAUAAUUCCACACAAAAUGGACCUGAUUGUAGUGUUGUUGUGCCAAGAAGGCCAAGUCCAUUGCAAGCACAUUCUCAAGCAAGUCCAUUAGGACAUGUUCCAAGCCCUGCUUAUCCUAUGUACAAUAGCCCAAUGGCUACAAUAUCUUCUCCAUCACCUUUACAACAACAUGCAGAAAACGGAAAUCAAUGUGCAAAUGGACCAUCGUAUAAAGGAACUGUACAACAACAGGUUACACCACCAUUGGACGUUACUGUACCGCGACCAGCAUCACAAGGUCAAGUUGCUUAUUCAUCUGUCAUCACAAGGGCUUUAGGUACUGCUGAAAAUAAAGCCAACUAUAACACAGAUAGUAAAAAUUAUGACAGACAGCAACAAGACUUUUCACAAACGCAAAAACAAGCGUGUUGGGAAAAUGAUAAUCGUCAAUCAAACGCUAACAGAAAGUUUUCUGUUACUUUAUAUACUGGUGGAAAUCCUGAAAUUAAUCCUCAAACUUUGCCAGUUCAGCAACAAGUACAACGAGUGCUAAAUGUUUCUGAUAGACAACAGUCAUAUUUUGAAUCCAAUCAAGUAACUCUACAAGAUUUAAGUAGUUGCAGAGGAGAUCCUAUGAGUAUAGUAAAAAAUUUGCAGACUUUACAAGGUUCUUGUCAAGUACAACAACAGCAAACUACUGUUUCUGUUGCUCCAACCGAACAACAGAAACAAGCGGAAGAACGACGCAAAGUGGAUACUGCAAAUAAAAAAAGAAAAAGUUUAGAAAAAGGUGGACAUAAUUCUUUGAAUGAAAUAGGUGGAACAACAAUGACAGAAUAUUUAAGUAGGAUACCACCACCUGCGCAUCAUAAUACAAAUCAACAACAACAAAAUGGAUACUUUGAUUUUGAAAGAUGGAAUUUACCUCCACCCCCUACUAAAAUGUUUCCUGGUGCAUCUGGUGCUUUUAGUUCACAAUCAACUUUGCACCACUCAAGCAAUUUUGUUGGUACACCAGCACAUCAGCAUCAAUCAUUGAUGGUCCCUCACCAUCAUGCUCCACCUCCUAUUCCAUAUUUUCCUGCUUUUCAUAUUCCACCAAGCCAUCAUCAUCCACAUGAAUUUCAAUCUUCUGUCGAAGUUACUCCUAUUGGUUUUGGUGAAAAUGCAGCAAACCAGAAUGCUAACUAUAAUCAAGAAAUCAGGGAUGAUCAGCCUAAAGUAAUUGUUCCUAAUAUUGAAGAAGAAUUGGGUUUUUUGCAACAAAAUCAACAAUCAGUUCAAACAAUAAACACCUUAAACAAAGAUUUUAAACGAUCUAAUAAGGAUCCUAAUUCAGGAUUUAUGACAAGUUACUUAAAAUUCUUACAAGGUGAAAGAGAACCUUCACCUCCACCUGCAAUUCGUGGUGGUAGGAAAGCAACUUGGAGUAGGUCAAAACCUUAUAUUCCUAUGGAAUCUAACAAAUCAGUAGAAAGUUCAACAAAUGGAGAAACAGUAAAGACACAAUUGGAAAAGCUACCUCCGCCUAAAGAAACACCAGUCAUUGAUUAUACUAAUGAUCCAAGAUAUUUCCCUUUACCGAAAGAACGGAAAAAACAAAAUUUUGAUUCGAGUGAUGAUGGAUUUACGAGCGAUGAUGAUUUUCUAUUUCCUCCUAAAAAACCCGAUAAAAAAGUAACAAACACAAAUACAUCAAAUACAACAGAAACAACAAUUAUAAAACCAGAAGGUAGACCUAAAAAAGGAAGGCCAAUUAAACCUGGAGGACCAACAGAUAGAAAAAGAAGAGCUGCAGCAGCAGCAGCAGCGGCGGCAGAAGCAGCAAUUAUUACAACUGGUAAAGCUUCCAAAAAGUAUGAAGAAGUAGAUCCUUUACUUUUGCCUCCAAGACGUGAAACGUCUAGAAGAAAGGCGAAGGAAAAAACUUCGGUGAAACAAUUUUUGGAUCGACAACAGGGUAUAGACUACUUCGAUAAUGACGAAGAACAGGGUGAUUCUGAUUCUGACCCUGCUUGGACACCUGCUGUAAAAUUGGUUGGAGAUGAAGAAGAAAAGAAGAAAAAACGCGGGAGACCUGUGAUUACUAAAAAAAGCAGGAAAGUUUUGGAAGACGACGAUUAUUCUUCCAAUGAUGUUGUUGUUUCAAAGAAGUCAAGUAGAAAGAAACAUGAAACGCCAUCAAAAACUUCCAAUGUUACUGGAAAGUUGUCUUGCAAAAUAGAUGAAAAACUUUUAGCAUGUAUCAGUGAUGAAGACAUUGAUAUUUCACCAUUUAAGCGCACUGAGGAUGAAUUAGAAGAUGUGUCUGGAGAGUUUGUUGUAAUCAAGGCUGAUUUAGAUGAAGAAUAUCCUCCACUUUGGAGAAUAGAUGGCAAAACAUUGCUCCAAAAAUAUGAACCAUUUAAAGCAAAUGACAAGACAUUAUACAGAAACAUAUCUACGUAUUCGGGUUGGGCACCGCAAAAUCGGCAUAUAUAUCAACAAGUUCCAGUAAAGUUUUGGCAACAAGGCAAAACGGAAACUGUAGUAGAAUUUUUAAGAGAUGAAAUGAUCAUUGAUGAUAACGAAUGUAUUGAUAAGUCCAUGAAAGAUACUGAAAAAUAUCAAGAUAAUUUUGAGGUGUACAUACAAACAUUAAUUUCACAAGCUUUGGAUUCCAAUUUUCUCACAGAAAUAUUUCAAGAACAAGAUGAUUAUUUCUUAUCAAACGUUAAGACUGUUGAUGAAGUAACAGAAGAAAGAAAACAACGACUUCUGUCUACAACGAAGUGGCGAUCAAAUGUUAUAAACGCAAUAUCAACUUGGCCAUGUCUUAAUGUUCUUAAAGAUUUGCCAUCUGCAGAAUAUAAAGGAAAAUCAUGUGCAGGAUGCCAACAGCUUAAAAUUCAUGCUAGAGUUUUAUUAUAUGGUCAACCAUAUAAUGCAACUACAUUGGAAGGUUCUCCACCUGAUCCAAGGAUACCUCAAGAAAAAGAUUUUUUAUUAUGUCGAGUAUGUCAAGCAAAAGUAGCUCUGUACAAUAAGGUAGCACAUCAAAAAUAUUUGAUGUUUUUGGAAUGUGCAAGGAGGGUAGCAGAUAAAAGAGUAGCAGAUCCUCAUAAAGAUACCACAAUAAUAUUGAACGAAUUAUUAGCGGAUGAAACAUGGUUAAAUCAAUUAUUUAAAGAGGUCAGAAAAAUCUGGGCAGAGAUAGAUAAUUUAGAACAUCAAGCUAAAACGAAGUCAAAUUCAAAAUUCAAAUUAUCUACUACAGCGAAUAAUGCGGAAGAAAUGGAUGAAAAUGUUUCAACAACGCAAUCAACUGAAGUGACUGUUAAUAUUUCCGAUUCACAGGUGCCUACACAAAAAACUGAAGACAAUUCUGAAACAGUGUCUUGCGACGUGCAAAUGAACAGUAUACCAUCUUAG